AUGACGAAAAGCUCCUCGCAGCGCAAGAAAGAGCUUCGCGAACAAGUCAAGAAGGCGGCUGCACUGGUUCCCUCUCAGGGAGAUCGGCCCCAACAGGAGCCGAUUCCCGAGGAGGCCGCGCCAGCCACCGGCGAGGAGAAAGGUGCCACCCCCGAGGGGACAGAGAACGGGAGCGACGAGGACGACAACGAUGGCGACGAAGGGGAAUGGGGCAACGAGAGCGAACGGCAUGUCAUGUACGAGUUGCUCGACGGCUUCCGGUCACAGAACGUGUCCGCGGACGAUCGGCACGCGCUCAUGACCUCCGCUGGGGGCCAGUUUGCUGACAUGCUCUCACGCCACUGGACGGAGAAGUCCACUCCACCCGAGUGGCUGGUGUCCCUCUUCCGCCCCACCGCACCUCCCACCACCACGACUCCGGCUUCUGCAGAGGAAGUGGCUCAGUGGAGGUAGCACCUCCCCCGACCUAGUUCUCCGUCAACCAAUCUUGCCUACUGUCACUCAGAACACACCUGCCCAUCCUCGGAACCUAGCCCCUGGUUUAGCAUCUACUCCGGAUAGCCAGAAUAGUGAUUACAGGCGUAGCAACCCUGUCGCACCCGAGUCGGCAUCUACUCCGGAUAGCCAGGACAGCACAUACAGGCCUAGCAACCCUGUAGCACUGUCUACACCUCAACUGGCGCAUUUUUCUAUGCCCACAAGCACCCCUACCUCAACACAUACAUCGGGACACACCCAGAAAUUUACUUUUCGCCAGAACGACCUUCCGAAAGAAAUAUCGUUUUCGGGGAAACCAGGAGAUUCCGAUGUUGUUGAGAUACUGACCCGAUACCGAGCACGUGUGAAACUAGCCUCUGUUGCAGCAGACGACCCGGCCGAAUCUGUAGUAGACCAAAGAGCGAUUCAAUUCCUCCCCUUCGUCAUUCGAGGCCAAGCCUAUGACACUCUAGUGGAACUGGUUAGUGGUACUCUCGAAUGGCGAUCGGCACACCGGUUGACCGCACUCCGGAAUGCAGGACAAGUUGUCAGGCCACGAGCACCGGCAACUUGGGAUGGAUACUGUCAUGGUUUCACCUUUCAUUUCUCCGCGCCCAUCCGCAUUGCGAUACUAGCUAGAGAAAUGGCCGUUCUCAGGCGGGAAGGAGAGACGACAGUGGACGGGUUUGCGCUCAAAGUGACUCAGGCCCGCACACGCCUCCUUGCAGAGGCUGCUCGCUCAGAUCCCUCCCACAUUAGCCACUACGAACACGCAUGGGACGUUUUCAUGACUGCCACAUUUGAGAACGGCCUGAAACCUCACAUUAGAGUAGAGUGUGUUCGAGAGGACCCUCCAAACUCAUUUCAGGACGCAAGACUUCGCGCGAAAAAACACGAGGCAAAUAAUCUGAGAGGCGUAGCGUCACCCAUAUCCGACACCGUAUCUGCUGUCGCGUACCCUGAACCCCCACAGCUGAAGCAGACUGUGUCCUCAAACACGGCGGUCGAUAGCACACCAUUAGCUGAAGAAACUCAUGUAGCACAGGAUGCCCCAGUUGAUUUAGCCCCGUAUGUGCAUGACAGUAGCAAAACGAGGGAAUCAUUUUUCCUCGGGUGAGAGGUGGUGAUGUGAAAUCCGUCCAAGAUUUUAGCAGUAAUUCUGACACAUCGGUAACAGAUUCUGCCCAGGCACCGUUUCAUAGUCGGUCAAGGAGCAAAGCAGGGAAAAAUAGGAAGAACAAACGCACUCGUGCGCCGACUUCUAGGUUAGCCCCGCAAGCUGAAUUUGUACUGACUGGUAGUAUGCAAUUUAUUCAUAACACGGAAAGACGUGCCUCUGUUUCAAGUGCAUCGAGUGGUGGACCCACUUAUGCGGCGUUUCAUGCGUCAGCACUGAGUAAAUAUCCACAACAUCCGAAUGCGUUAAAUUCGUCCUCCAAGAGAGUGCGAAUUCCUGCCCGAGUUUGUAAUCACGCUGUGUCUGACCUCACUAUCGACACAGCAGCUGAUGUACCGUGUAUAUCAGCGUCUUUUAUUAAAUCGCAUCCAGUCCUGCAACGUUUACCUCUGAAACCUGUGCCUCCUGGCGCAAUUCAGCUGAAUAGUGCAGAUGGCUCAGCGUUAGAAAUCCUAGGAUACAUACGUUUUAAGCUCACACUGGGAGAUAUCACACUACCAGUGGAGGCCCUCGUGUUGCCCAACCUAGGUCCGGAUAAGAUGUUGCUCGAUAAUAGCAUUAUGAAUGCCUUUGGUGCCGUCCUUGAUUGGUGCGGUGAGCAACUUUCAUUUAAAAAUUCAACACGAAAAAUUCCGGCAACUCACAGACGUACGAAUAGUCAAGUGGACACCAAUAAUGAUGCCCCAGCGCAAAUUUCCAUAGUGACGCUUGACCCAUCGAUAGGAGCGGUGCCCGUAUAUCUCUCUAAGAGAUUCUGCAUCCCCCCCGAAAGUGAAAUGGCAGUAGACGUCGUGACAAAACACGCACCACAGGCAAACACGCCUGCGUUGGUCGAGCCACGGAUUGUCACUGCCCAAGACAUCGAAACGUCUGAAAAUAUACCCGAAGCGUUCCGUACAAUCGUAGUCGCUAGAACGGUAUGCGAUUGGUCAGCAAAGGACAAGUCCGCUGCAGUACAAGUUGCUAAUCCAUUCAAACGACACGUUCACAUUGCACGCGACACUAUUUUGGGGUACAUUUCGCCAGUAAAAUCGGUUGCCGAUAAAACAGUUAGCGCUGUCAAUAGCGACCGAACCACAUUCCGACACAAGCGAGACGAGUUGAAACGAGCCAUGAAAAAAGCGCUCACGAACACUACAUUUACUCCUGAACAAUGCUCGCAAGUCUUGGACUUAUGCGCGAAAUACCGUAAUGUGUUUUCAUUAACUCCGAAGGAGCUCGGAAAAUGCAGGAUAGCCAAGGCAGAUUUUCCGCUAGAACCAGGCACUAAACCAGUCGAUCGUGCUCCCUAUCGUACUAAUCCUAGAGCGCAAGAAGUCAUCGACAAGUGUGUGGAACAAAUGGAAGACGAGGAGAUUAUUGAACAGAGACCUAGUUCAUGGGGAUCUGCUGUUACCAUCGUAGCAAAAGCUGAUGGCACUCCUCGAUUCUGCGUUGAGUACCGCUCUACUAUUAACAAGGGUUUAAUUCGAAAAUCCUGGCCCAUGCCAGAUAAAGAAUUCCAUAUUGAUAUCGUUGGAGGUUGGUGCCAAAUAAUUUAUUGUCGCUCCAACGAAAAACAUCCUCUGGCGUCUUCCAAAUCGAACACACGCCCUUUCGCCCGAGCUAACACCAUCGGCAACGCCGAAAAUCACGAUAGUUCCGCCGCCAAGGACCCCAAACCGCACCUGGUUCAACACCCCCACCCCCCCUACCCCCCGGGCAGACACAGAUUUCUUACGAGUUCAUACGCGUGUUUUCCGGUCAAUUUCGAUAGAUUCCCUGACGCACUAGCAAAAAAAAAAAUAUGAGCACACGGCACUUCGAAGGUUAUGUUACUAUGAUGGAAAGACCCACAGCCCCUACGACAAGAUUUGGGUACAGAGCUCAAAGUUGACAAAUGUCGACCAUCGUAUGGCGCAAAACCGCUAUAGUACAAAUCUUCUUGAUCCCCAGAACGCCCCGGUCUCGACAUCAAUCUAGUCCCUGCUAGGUGCCAGGACUACUCUGAACCAUAGCCGUCGUCAUCGGACUCGUCUUCCUCAGAGUCCGCUUCCAGACCCGUCGUCGUCCGAGUCACUUGCUUCGCUCUCCGAGGACGACGAAGGUGCAGGCCGGCAAGUCUCCAUCAGCACUUUUUUAUUUCUCGCCGGGAUGUUACCCGUUGAAGUUAGCGAACUGCAGCAUGCGAUAAUGCGUGUGGUAGACUCGUCGCUGGCAUCGGGCGUUCUGCGCGUCGCGCCGCUCGUUAGGAUGAAAUCCUUGCUGAAACGCGACACGGCAUAGUCCUCGACAAUCGCGCUGCCCGCUCCCGCCCUAACGGUAUUGUUGAUAGGCCCAUACCAGUGGAUGUUGACGUUCACCGGCGAGGCGUCUGCAGCUAUGCUCAGCACCUCCCCCAGCACAAACGGAGCUUCCUCCGCCUUGAAGAAUGCGAUGUCGCCAACGCUGGGUGGUGUUAGCGACGUUGGACGCACUGGGUUUAAGGCCUUUCUCUUAGAGGGCUCUGACAGCCCGUUCGCCCGAGAGGGUGUGUUGUCCACUCCGUCCGCGUUCGCGCCCGCAGAGGGAGGCAAAGGCGCUGGCGGGAUCGCCGUGUGGAGCCAUUCCAUUGGGAGGUCGAAGUUGUUGAUCGUUCCUCCGGAGCGCAACAACUUCAGCGAGUCGCUCUGCUCAGCCAAUAGAGCGUCGACCACACCGUCAGGAGCU